GCGGCGCGGCGGCGCCCCGGGGCUGAGGCGCCCGGCCGGCCCCUGCCCCCGCUCCUCCUCCUCCUCCUCCUCCUCCUCCUCCUCCUCCUGCCGCUCCUCCCGAUGCCGCCGCCGCCCCCGGCUGCCGCCGCCGCGCCGCGCUGAGGGGCCUCGCCGGGGACCCCGCCGGGGACUAUGGGCAACGGGAUGUGCUCGCGGAAACAGAAGCGGAUUUUCCAGACCCUUCUGCUCCUGACCGUGGUCUUCGGCUUCAUCUACGGGGCGAUGCUCUACUACGAGCUGCAGAGCCAGCUGAGGAAGGCCGAGGCCAUGGCCCUCAAGUACCAGCAGCACCAGGAGUCCCUGUCGGCUCAGUUACAAGUUGUAUAUGAGCACAGGUCAAGAUUAGAAAAAUCAUUACAAAAGGAAAGGCUUGAACAUAAGAAAGCAAAAGAAGAUUUUCUUGUUUAUAAACUUGAAGCACAGGAAACAUUAAAUAAAGGAAGGCAAGACUCGAAUAGCCGAUACAGUGCACUGAGUGUACAACACCAGAUGUUGAAGAGCCAACAUGAAGAACUAAAGAAACAGCAUGCUGACCUUGAGGAAGAUCACCGAAAACAAGGAGAAGAGUUUAGCAGAACAUUCAGUGAUCACAAGGAACGAUACUUACAACUGCAGCAAGAAAAAGAGCAGGAAAUUUCCAAGCUGAAGGAAUCCCUGUAUAAUUUACGAGAAGAGAAUAGACAGUUGAGAAAGGCUCACCAAGACAUUCAUACUCAGCUACAAGAUGUCAAGCAACAGCAUAAGAAUUUACUCUCCCAACACAACCAGCUUGUAGUGACAUUGGAAGACCACAAGAGUGCACUAGCAGCUGCUCAGUCCCAGGUGGAAGAAUACAAACAGUUGAAGGACACUCUCAACAAAAUGCCAAGCUUCCGACAACCUGAGAAGUUGGAAAAACCACGCAAUCAACCAGAGGAGCCAGCACCUUCUCCCCACAGUAACCUCCCAGUACACCGUGAAGCUGUGACUGAAGAGCGUAAGGAGAAUGAGAAGCCAAAGGAGAGAGAAGAAAUAAAUACUGAGGAGAAAGAAGAUAGAGCUGAGCGUUUUCAUCUUAGGAAAGGGACUAAUGAGGCCCAGCGUGCCAAAGACCUAAAUAUUCAGGACCAACAAGAAGCAGGAGAGGAUGAAGAGCAACAUGUUGAUCAAGUUGAAGAGGAACGUAAAAAGGAACUUGAAGAGGAAGAAAUGGAGCAGGCAGGUCAGCCUGAGCACUUAGAGGAGGAACAGGAUCAAGUACCAGAAGUACAUGAGUGGAAAAAACAGGAACAGAAAGAAGAAGAAACCAACAUGUUGGGUGAACAUUUCCAUUCAGAGACAACUUUAACAGAAGCUGUAACAAAAAGAUACAAGCCAGCUUAUGAACAACAGCUGGAACAGCAACAUAUUGCAGCCCAAAGAGCAGAAGCAGCCGAUCAACUAAGAGAGCAUCAGGAAUCGUUACACCAACAAAGACUGCGAGGACAACUGUUACGGCAGAAGCAGCUUCAAGAAAAGGAGAUUGAGCUGCAGAAACGGGCAGAACAAGGAGAAAAACUCUAUAAAGAACAGCUGAGCCAACAAGGUCGUUACGAUAACAUGGACCAUGAUAUCGUACAAGGGGAAGAAGAACAAGGUGUUCAGGAAGAAGGAGCUUAUGAACAUGACAAUCAGCACCGGGAUGAAGGUGAAGAUGAUGAUCAAAAUAAUGCAAAUGAACAGCAAGAACCAGAACAUCAAGUAGAAAAUCAGCAGGCUGAUGAAUCUAAGGCAGCAAUGGAAGAUGUGAACCCUGCUGAUGACCCUAACAAUCAGGGAGAAGAUGAAUUUGAGGAAGCAGAGCAAGAGAGAGAGGAAAAUCUGCCUAAUGAAAAUGAAAAGCAUAGAGAAAACAGUCAGAAGCAGGGACAUCCGGGAAUGGAGGAGCACUUAGUGAUGGCCGGAAAUCCUGACCAGCAAGAAGAUAAUGUGGAUGAGCAGUACCAGGAAGAGGGAGAAGAAGAGAUCCAGGAAGAUUUAACUGAAGAGAAGAAAAGAGAACUGGAACACAAUCCUGAAGAGCCAUAUGGUGAAAAUGAUGAAAAUGCUGAUGAAAAAAAUAAUGGAGGGGCAGAGCAAGAAUUGCAAGAAGAGAACAACAAAGAAGUUCAUGAAGACAAUUAUGAAGAGGAGGAGGAGGAAGAUGAUGAAGGUGGAGCUAUUGCAGCAAAAACUCGUAGACGAGGAGAGAUGUAGUCCUCUUCUCUUUUAUAGGUCAAAUGCAACAGACAUGUUCCUGAUCUAAAAACUCUUUUAAAAGACUAUCUAAAUCCAAAAAGGUUUACCUUUUACACUUUUUACUUUUCUAUUAGAUGCUCUUACAUUUAUAUGAAUACAGUAUUUUGAUACUCUAGACUAGCCUUUCUUUUAUAUUAAAGCUGUACAGGAACAGACAUCA